AUGCCCUUACGCAAGAUGCAGCCUCUUCGCCAGAUCGGUUGGGAUCGAAACAGCAUCACACUACCAGAUUUGCAAGAACGGCUUGUCUCUGCUCUUCGUCAACAUGAGGGAUUUUACGCACCUGAUGAAAGAAGGUUUUCAGGCUUCUCAGAUGGUGAUGACAUCAGCAUUCAUGACUACAUGAACGCGCAAUACUACACCGAAAUAUACGUGGGAACGCCGGGGCAGAAGGUGCGCGUGGUGGUCGAUACGGGGAGCAGCGACCUGUGGGUCUGCAGUGCGUCUUGUGGAAUGGCAUGUUUGCUUCACAAAACUUACAACCAUAACAAAUCGGACUCGUACAAACCUGACGGCACGACAUACCGUGUGCAGUACGCGUUAGGCCCUGUCGGAGGCUUCCUGUCUGUGGACGAUGUGUCGUUGGCGUCUCUGCGAACCAAAGAGUUUUUGCUUGCGGAGGCAGAUGAUCUGAAGGGCCUAGGCGCGGCCUUCUUCUUUGGGAUUUUUGAUGGGAUUUUAGGCAUGGGCUUCCCGACGCUUGCUACCAAGCGCCUUAAGCCAUUUAUGCAAGUCGCUAUCGAACAGAAAGUCAUUGACAAGUGGUUGUUUGCGUUUUACCUCGCAUCGGAAAAUGGAGUUGACGGAGAGCUCGCGAUCGGCGGAGUGGAUCGCAAUCGGUUUGUGGGCGACAUCAACUUCUCCAAGGUCGUCGAUUCGCGCUACUGGAUGAUAAACAGCAACGGCCUGAAAAGCAACGGAGAACUCAUCGCUCCAACUACGAGGAUGAUCAUCGACAGCGGAACCUCUCUCAUCGCGGGGCCGCUGGACGAAGUGACAGCCAUUGCCACCAUGAUGGGAGCUUUCAGAGUGCCGUUCCUUGUAAAUGGUACCUUCUUCAUCGCGUGCGACAAGGUGAAGGUGCUCCGGGAUUUACAGCUCGAGAUUGAAGGUCAAGAGUACCCGAUCAAGGCAAAGGAUCUCGUCAUCCAAGUCACCACAACCCAGGGCGCACCAUGCCUCUUCGGUAUGAUGGGCCUGAAGGCGCUGGAAGGCGCUUUGGCAUCGCCAAGCGAUGAGAUAAUAUCUCCGGCAUCCCGUCUUGCUGCCUCCGCCAGAGGUCCAAUUGGCCGUGCCUGGAUUUUAGGAGAUAUGUUCAUGCGCAAUAUCUACACGGUGUUCGAUUACGACAACAAACAGAUUGGCUUUGCCCGGCUGAAGGGCUGA